GGUCAUGCGCGUUGUAUCAAGGAAGGCAAUGGUAUUGGAAAAAUCCUCAAAGUCACGAAACAUUGUUCUAAAUUACAUCAGUUCUGGGAAGGUUUGAAUAUAUAAUCAAACAAGAAUUGUUUUUAUUCUAACGAUUUCAAUCGUUUAAACGUAUCGAUACAUAAUUCGGAGAAAAGAAUAAAAAUAUGCUAUCGGAAGGAAAGAAAAAGAUUUAUAUAACACGACGGGUUCCACAGCCCGGGAUCGACCUGCUCUCGGAUUAUGAUGUCAAAAUAUGGGAGAGCGAUGAGGCCAUUCCACGUGAAGAACUUAUUAAAAACAUUGCCGGGGUAGAUGCUCUGUUUUGUAUGUUGACAGAUAUAAUUGACAAAGAUGUUCUCGAUGCGGCAGGUCCAGGACUGUCCGUCGUAGCCACGAUGUCCGUAGGUUUUGAGCAUAUAGAUGUAAAUGAAUGUAAGCAACGUAAAAUCCGUGUGUGUAACACGCCGAACGUCUCCACGGACAGUGUGGCAGAAUUGACGAUAUCAUUGUUGCUCUUGACAACCAGAAGACUUCUAGAAGGAGUAGCUGCUGUAAAGAAUGGUGAAUGGGGUAAAUGGAAGCCUAUGUGGUUGUGCGGUAUAGAGCUGUCAGAAAAGACUGUAGGCAUACUGGGGCUUGGUCGUAUAGGGUAUGGGGUGGCGAGAAGAUUAAAGCCAUUCGGGGUAAAAAAUAUUCUAUACCACGAUGUUUCUCGCGUUGGAUAUGCUGAUGACGUGGGUGCAAAAUUUGUUGACUUUGAGAAUCUUAUAACAGAAAGCGACAUAAUUUGUAUAUGCUGUAAUUUGACGCCACAAACUAAACACAGGUUUAACACAUUAACUUUCCAAAAAAUGAAAAAGUCUGCAGUUCUUAUUAACAGUGGGCGCGGUGGCGUUAUCAACCAUGAUGAUUUGUACGAUGCGCUUACUUCCGGUGAAAUAUUCGCUGCGGGACUUGACGUCACAGAACCGGAACCACUUCCGGCAGAUCACAAGCUAGUUACCGUUUCAAACUGCAUUAUUCUUCCGCAUAUGGGCAGUAAUACGUGGGAGUCUCGGAAUUGCAUGUCAGAAACUGUUGCCCAAAAUAUAAUUGCGGUAUUCAAUGGUGAAAGUGCAGUCGGGGAUGUUUACCAAUUAUAAUGCCACCGUGACCAGGUUGAAAGAGAAAAAAAAAAGUUCUUUAAAUGAAAACAAAAAAUCCAUGCCUCUGUAGAUCUACUACAUUAUUUUAAGAAAAGAAAAUAGUUAUAUGAUUUAGAGUAA